UGCUCUAUUCGCAUUGUUGAUACUACUUGCCAAAGUUUUAUGCUGUUAUAAUGAUGCUUUAUCGCAAUUGGAAAUGUUCUGAACACUCUUUUAAGCGUAUGAUGCUGGAAGGUUAGCAAAAGAUAUCUAAAGUUAUUUGUAAAAAUGAUGAUGCGAUUUCACGACAGACAUGGAACUCAUGUUCGGUUGUCACCGUCGAAGACAUCCGCCACCAGAGUCAAGAGCUUCGCGAACGCGGUUGUAUUUAGUCAUCGCCCCUUAGCAUUUGGUGAAACGUUCCUUUUUGAGAUAGAAGAACAGGAAAAGGACUGGUCAGGUCAUGUCCGCUGUGGGAUCACAACUCACAAUCCAUCUUCAAUUAAAAGUGUUCCACCGUAUCUUCUUCCUGACAUGGCCCAAAUGGGGCGUACUUGGGUGUUUGCAAUCAAAUCGACGAUGCAAAAACCUUUGGGUGAUGAACAGCUGAAAGAUUACGGUGGCCACAAUUUUCAACGCCAAGAGGCAGGAGAUAAAGACGAUAACCCGGUGUUUUGCGGUGAAAAAGCGAGAGAAGGGAAAUUAAAACCAACAGAUGUUGGCUCGCGAAUUGGAGUGAAAGUCAGUCCGACCGGGGAACUGUACUUCUUUGUAAAUGGUAUAAAAUUUGGCCCCUGUGCCCUUGAUGUACCUGUUGACAGGGAUCUUUAUGUGGCUGUCGACGUGUACGGAACUACAAAACGAGUUCAAAUCAUUCAAUGUGGAGUGCCACCACUUCUUGAUUUGUGCUGUGAAAACAUCAGGAAAUGUGUAACAAAACAGGAAGAUUUGGAAUCACUCCCCAUUACUGCGUCACUGAAGAAGUACAUUGCAACAUUUUAACAAGAAAUUGUUGUCACAGAGAAAGAAAAUAUCUCCAGUGUUCUUAAGGGUUAAAACAUUAGUAGCAUAUGUAAAUUAAAUUAAAUAGAAUUAUGAUAGCAUUUAUCCUGUAGGGUCCCACUCAAUUUACAGCCUUCCAAAAAUAUAAUUUAACCCUUUAACUCCCAGAUCAAAUUUAUAAUUCUCCUUAUUGUCAGCCAGAUAAUUUUUAUAAUGUUAGUUAGAGAAUUUAGUAUUGGAUCAACUAAUUAUCCCCAAAUUGAUAUUUUUCUUUAUUCUCAGCUCUUUUGUAGUUGAUAUUGUAUUUAUAUUGUACGGAGAAAUUCUUUCUUGGUCAUUCAUGGGAGUUAAGGGUUAAUUUAAAAUUAGUCUCACUGUUACUGUACAGAUAUGAAACAGAAAUUUUAUGAUUUAUCCUGGAAAGUAUUAGUAUUAAUUUUUGCCAAGUAGAAGUCAAGCCUUUACAUUGGCUGUGUCAGCUUAGAGAUUUUUAGAUUUAUUUUUAAAAAGAAAUUUUGCUGUGGCAUACAUCGGGAAAAAAACCUUGAGGGUCUUGUAAACUUGAUUCAAGCCUUUAUGGGUCAAAUGAUUUUUUUAUGAAACAAGGUGACUGCAAAUUUUAUUUUUUCGUGAUUUGUAAUCUUGUUGAAGAAGUCCUCCUCUGUGAUUUUGAAUCAAUGUGAUACAGGAAUUGCCUAGUUUUACAAGUCCUUUUCAAGGGAUUCAUUUUGGUUUGUGUGUGUGACUUUCUGCUUAAUGUAAAGAGAUACGAACAUGACUUUACCAGUAAACCCAUUGGGACCAAACUUUAGAGUGUCCUCUGGAUGUUGGAAAUGUGAACCUAUUACCCUUGAAUUUAUUUCUUUCCUGUCU